UUGUGCCUUUACAACCCUGUCGUUCUGGGGGGGUUGAGUGAGUACAGUAUCUCUUAUCAUCACUUGCUUCUUCCCGUUUUACCGUCCACUACACAACAUUAUUACACCAUCACCACUAUUAACACCAUCUUCACCAUGUCUUAUAAACUCGGGGUCGUCGCUGGUAGGAUGUGUGUCGCAGCAUCACGCCAAACGGCAAACGCACUGAGACUAGGAGUGCCAGCAGCAAGACUCAGCGGUAAGGCACCCAGCCAGGGGUAUGCUGAGGUGCCCAAAUAUUUACAGCAGAAAAUGAAGCUGUUCCAGCUCCCUAAUGGCCUGCCAGUGCACGUUAAAGGAGGAACAAUUGACAAGGCUCUAUACAUCUUCACUGCAAUAGUGUGUUUUGUAGGAUUCUUUGAGAGCCUGCGUGUGUAUUACGUGUUGUCCUAUCCUUCCCCCAAGACCGAGUAGAAGGAUUCCUAAGGAGGGGUUGGGUAGGAGAGGGGCGAUCCUACUCUUUUAUACGCCAUUGGUAUCAUUAUAAAGGUGUUUUAUUUCAGCUUUAUGGUUAUUAUGGACUAUAAUCCCGUCAUGUCAAAUGUUAUUGUUUUUUUUGGGUCAUAUAAGAGUCAAUAUAGUUGCUUCUCUCGCCACCAGGGUAAUUAUGGAAGGAGUUUAUGUCACAGCGCCAUAAUAGAGGUGUUUAUAUGUUAAGGGUAAUAAUGGAACUUUGAACCCCUCAUAUGACCCCUUAACAUCCCUGAACCCCUGAUAUGACCCCUUAACAUCCCUGAACCCCUGAUAUAACCCCUUAACAUCCCUGAACCCCUGAUAUAACCCCUAAACAUCCCUGAACCCCUGAUAUAACCCCUUAACAUCCCUGAACCCCUGAUAUAACCCCUUAACAUCCCUGAACCCCUGAUAUAACCCCUUAACAUCCCUGAACCCC